ACGAAGGAGCCUGUAGAGUUAAGAUGGCGGCAUGUGGGUGAGGAGGCUGUAGAGCAAAGCUCCGGUUUUCUUUCGUUAUAAGGACUUAUAUGAAACCACAAAGUUGUAGUUACCUGGAAAAUAAUAUUCCCCCCAUACUACAUACAUUUUCGUCUUAUUUGGAUUGAAAUAAUGACGUCUAUACACUUCGUGGUUCACCCGUUGCCCGGGACCGAGGACCAGCUCAAUGACAGGCUCCGGGAAGUCUCUGAGAAACUCAACAAAUACAAUUACAACAGCCACCCCCACCUCAGUCUUCUUGAGCAGGCCACGUUGAAACAAUGUGUGGUUGGACCAAACCAUGCUGGUUUUCUCCUUGAGGAUGGGCGUGUGUGUCGGAUAGGUUUUGCUGUCCAGCCAGACCGCCUGGAGCUGGGGAAAGCAGACGGCACAGAGGGUUCAAAGUUGAGCAGUGGGUCAGGGGCAGGAAGGAGCUCCAGGCCAGGCAGGACUAGUGAUCCGCCCUGGUUCCUGCCUGGUUCAGACACUUUGGGCAGACUGGCAGGCAACACCCUUGGGAGUCGCUGGAGCUCCGGGGUGAAUGGCGGAGGCAGCGGCGGAGGCGGCAGCAGCGGGGGAGGCGGUGCCGGCGGGGGCGGCGGGAGCAGCGGCGCCGGAGGAGGGGGCGGCGGAGGGGGAGGAGGAGGAGGCUCGUCCGGCCGCUCCUCCACGGCAGCCAGGGACUCACGCCGGCAGACGCGGGUCAUCCGCACCGGCCGAGACCGCGGCUCUGGCCUCCUGGGCAGCCAGCCCCAACCGGUCAUCCCGGCAUCAGUCAUCCCUGAGGAGCUUAUCUCUCAGGCCCAGGUGGUGCUGCAGGGGAAGUCGCGCAGCGUGAUCAUCCGCGAGCUGCAGCGCACCAACCUGGACGUGAACCUGGCCGUCAACAACCUGCUGAGCCGCGACGACGAGGACGGGGACGACGGGGACGACACGGCUAGCGAGUCCUACCUGCCCGGAGGUACGGCCGCGCAGCUGCUGAUCUCUUCCCUUGCACAAACACACACACGCGCUCUCACUCUUAGAGAAGACCUCAUGUCUCUGCUGGAUGCGGACAUCCACUCGGCUCACCCCAGCGUCAUCAUUGACGCAGACGCCAUGUUCUCUGAGGACAUCAGCUACUUCGGCUACCCCUCCUUUCGCCGAUCCUCCCUGUCACGCCUCAGCUCCUCACGAGUUCUCCUUCUCCCCUUAGAGCGCGACUCGGAGCUGCUGCGGGAGCGCGAGUCGGUGCUGCGGCUGCGCGAGCGCCGCUGGCUGGACGGCGCCUCCUUCGACGCCGAGCGCGGCUCCACCAGCCGCGAGGGCGAGCCCAGCCUGGACAAGAAGAGCGCGCCGCUGCAGAGCCCCGUCUCCCUCAGCGAGGAGCUGCAGUGGUGGCCCGACAAGGACGGCACGAGGUUUGUGUGCAUUGCGGCCUUGUACUCUGAGCUAGUAGCAGUGAGCUCAAAGGGAGAGCUCUAUCAGUGGAAGUGGAGUGACCCUGAACCCUACAGAAACGCACAGAAUCCCUCAAUCCAUCACCCGCGGGUGUCCUCUUUGGGCUUGACCAACGAGAAGAUCACGCUUCUGUCCGCCAACAGUAUCAGAGCUACUGUAGCCACUGAGACCAACAAGGUGGCGACGUGGGUGGAUGACUCCCUGAGCACAGUGGCCUCCAAGCUGGAGCACGGAGCGCAGAGCUUCCCAGAGCUGCAGGGCGAGCGCAUCGUCUCGCUGCACUGCUGCGCCCUCUACACCUGCGCCCAGCUGGAGAACAGCCUCUACUGGUGGGGCGUGGUGCCGUUUAGUCAGCGGAAGAAGAUGCUGGAGAAGGCUCGAGCCAAGAACAAGAAGCCAAAGUCCAGUGCUGGCAUCUCGUCCAUACCCAACAUCACCGUGGGAACACAGGUGUGCCUGAGGAAUAACCCUCUGUACCAUGCUGGAGCUGUGGCCUUCUCGGUCAACGCUGGUAUCCCUAAGGUGGGCGUUCUGCUUGAGUCGGUGUGGAACAUGAACGAGAGCUGCAGGUUCCAACUGCGCUCGCCAGAAAGCCUCAAGAACAUGGAGAAGAGCACUAAGACCCAGGAGGCCAAUGUGCUGUUGGCAUGCUGCUCUGUGUUGUGCAGGGCGGAGAGUAAACCCGAGCUGGUGAAGACUGAGAUGGGUCCCCCUCCCUCCCCCGCCUCCACAUGCAGCGACGCCUCCUCCAUCGCCAGUAGCGCCUCUCUGCCUUACAAGCGGCGGCGCUCCACCCCGGCCCCCAAGGAGGAGGAGAAAGUCAACGAGGAGCAGUGGCCUCUGCGCGAGGUCGUGUUUGUGGAGGACGUGAAAAACGUCCCCGUGGGAAAGGUGCUAAAAGUCGAUGGUGCGUAUGUUGCUGUGAAAUUUCCAGGGACCUCGAGCAGCGUGAGCAGCCAGAGCGCAGCUCCCACUGACUCUGACCCCUCCUCACUGCUGCAAGACUGCAGGCUCCUCAGAAUAGAUGAACUACAGGUUGUAAAAACUGGGGGAACUCCUAAAGUUCCUGAUUGCUUUCAGCGCACACCUAAAAAACUUUGUAUCCCAGAAAAGGCUGAAAUUCUAGCCGUGAAUGUUGACUCCAAAGGAGUCCAUGCCGUGUUGAAAACAGGCAGUUGGGUUAGGUACUGUAUCUUUGACUUGGCAAGUGGGAAAGCUGAGCAGGAGAAUCAUUUUCCUACCAGCAACCUGGCUUUUCUGGGUCAGAGCGAACGCAAUGUGGCCAUCUUCACCGCAGGACAGGAAUCUCCAAUUAUCCUGCGCGAUGGCAACGGCACAAUUUACCCCAUGGCCAAAGACUGUAUGGGUGGGAUAAGAGACCCUGAUUGGCUGGAUUUGCCGCCCAUCACCAGCUUAGGCAUGGGAGUUCACUCUCUCGUCAAUCUCCCCAGCAACUCGACCAUCAAAAAGAAAGCUGCUGUCAUAAUCAUGGCGGUGGAGAAGCAGACCCUGAUGCAGCACGUGCUGCGCUGCGACUACGAGGCGUGCCGUCAGUACCUGGCGGGCCUGGAGCAGGCGGUGCUGCUGGAGCAGAACCCGCACGCGCUCGACGCCCUGCUGGGCCACCGCUGCGACGGCAACCGCAACGUGCUGCACGCCUGCGUCUCCGUCUGCUUCCCCGUCAGCAACAAGGAGACCAAGGAGGAGGAAGGUACGGCCCGCCGAGCCGCCGCUCCGAGAGCCGAGGCUGGCCAGGCCAGCUGGGCAGUCCUGCAAGCACCCGAAGCCGAGCGCUCGGAGAGGAACACGUUUGCGGAGCGGCUGUCGGCGGUGGAGGCCAUUGCCAACGCCAUCUCGGUGGUGUCCAGCAACAGCUCGGGCAACAGGACCGGCUCCUCCAGCAGCCGAGGCCUGCGACUGAGAGAGAUGAUGAGACGCUCCCUCAGGGCAGCGGGCCUCGGGCGCCACGAGUCUGGCCCCUCCUCCAGUGACCACCAGGAUCCCGUGUCUCCUCCCAUCGCACCCCCCAGCUGGGUGCCGGACCCCCCUCCCAUGGAUCCAGAUGGUGACAUUGACUUCAUCCUGGCCCCUGCAGUGGGCUCCCUCACCACUGCCUCCACCGGCACCAGCCAGGGCCCCAGCACCUCCACCAUCCCCGGGCCGUCGUCUGAGCCCUCGGUGGUGGAGUCCAAAGACCGCAAGGCCAACGCUCACCUCAUCCUCAAGCUCAUGUGUGACAGCGUGGUGCUGCGGCCUCACUUGCGCCAGCUCCUCUCCGCCAAGGAUGCGCGUGGAAUGACUCCGUUCAUGCUGGCAGUGAGCGGGAGAGCCUACCCAGCAGCCAUCACGGUCCUGGAAGCGGCGCAGAAAAUCGCUAAGGGGGAGUCUGGCAGCGGCGAGAAGGAGGACGCCGACUCGCUGUUCAUGGAGAUGAUCUGCCCGUCGGGCACCAACCCGGACGACUCGCCCCUCUACGUGCUCUGCUGCAACGACACCUGCAGCUUCACCUGGACCGGCGCCGAGCACAUCAAUCAGGACAUCUUUGAGUGCCGGACCUGCGGUUUGCUGGAAUCUUUGUGCUGCUGCACCGAAUGUGCCCGGGUCUGCCACAAGGGACACGACUGCAAGCUGAAGAGGACCUCCCCCACUGCGUACUGCGACUGCUGGGAGAAAUGCAAGUGCAAGACGUUGAUCGCUGGGCAGAAGGCUGCUCGUCUGGACCUCCUCUACAGGCUGCUCACAACCACCAACCUUGUCACUACCCCCAACAGCAGGGGGGAGCACAUCCUGCUGUUCCUGGUGCAGACAGUUGCCAGGCAGAGUGUGGAACACUGCCAGUACCGGCCGCCCCGCAUCCGAGAAGACCGCAAUCGCAAAGCUGCCAGUGCAGAGGACUCGGACAUGCCGGACCACGACCUGGAGCCGCCACGCUUCGCCCAGCUGGCCCUGGAGCGCGUGCUGCAGGACUGGAACGCCCUCAAGUCCAUGAUCAUGUUCGGCUCCCAGGAGAACAAAGACCCGCUGAGUGCGAGCAGUAGGAUCGCCCACCUCCUCCCAGAGGAGCAGGUGUAUCUGAACCAGCAGAGCGGCACCAUCAGGCUGGACUGCUUCACCCACUGCCUCAUCGUCAAGUGUGCCCCGGACAUCACGUUCAUCGACACGCUCCUGGGCACGCUGGUGAAGGAGCUGCAGAAUAAAUACACCCCUGGGCGGCGGGAGGAGGCGGUGACCGUCACCAGGCGCUUCCUGCGCUCAGUGGCCCGUGUGUUUGUCAUCCUCAGCGUGGAGAUGGCCUCGUCAAAGAAGAAAAAUAACUUCAUCCCGCAGCCCAUAGGGAAGUGCCGGCGCGUGUUCCAGGCUCUGCUGCCGUACGCGGUGGAGGAGCUGUGCAACGUGGCCGAGUCGCUCAUCGUGCCCGUGCGCAUGGGUAUCGCCCGGCCCACCGCCCCCUUCACGCUGGCCAGCACCAGCAUCGACGCCGUGCAGGGCAGCGAGGAGCUCUUCUCCGUAGAGCCGCUGCCGCCCCGGCCCUCCCCUGACCAGUCCAGCAACUCCAGUCAGGCUGCCUCGUCCUACAUCAUCCGGACCCCCCAACCCCACCGCAGCAGCCAAUCCCAGCCCGUUCGCGGGCGCGACGAGGAGCAGGACGACAUUGUGUCCGCUGACGUUGAGGAGGUGGAGGUGGUGGAGGGUGUUGCUGGAGAGGAGGAUCACCAUGACGACCAGGAGGAGCAGGGGGAGGAGAACGCGGAGGCUGAGGGUCAGCACGACGAGCACGAUGAGGACGGAAGUGACAUGGAGUUGGAUCUCCUCGCUGCCGCGGAGACCGAGAGUGACAGCGAGAGUAACCACAGCAACCAGGACAAUGCUAGUGGACGGAGAAGUGUGGUCACGGCAGCAACUGCCGGAUCUGAAGCAGGUGCCAGCAGUGUCCCUGCCUUCUUUUCAGAGGACGACUCGCAGUCCAACGACUCGAGCGACUCGGACAGCAGCAGCAGCCAGAGCGACGACGUGGACCAGGAGACCUUCCUGGUGGACGAGCCGCUGGAGAGGACCACGGGCACGGCGCACGCCAACAGCGCCGCCCAGGCGCCGCGCUCCAUGCAGUGGGCCGUGCGCACCACGCCCAGCCAGCGGGCAGCAGGGGGCGCCCCGUCCAGCACCUCCACGCCCGCAGCGAGCUCCACGGGCCUGAUCUACAUCGACCCGUCCAACCUGCGCCGCAGCAGCGCCAUCAGCAACAGUGCGGCGGUGGCCGCCGCCGCCCUGGAGGCCAGCAACUCCAGCAGCUACCUGACGUCCGCCAGCAGCCUGGCCCGCGCCUACAGCAUCGUCAUCCGCCAGAUCUCCGACCUCAUGGGCCUCAUCCCCAAGUACAACCACCUGGUCUACUCCCAGUACCCGGCCGCCGUCAAGCUCACCUACCAGGACGCCGUCAACCUGCAGAACUAUGUGGAGGACAAGCUGAUCCCCACCUGGAACUGGAUGGUGUCCAUUAUGGACUCCACAGAGGCCCAGCUGCGCUACGGCUCAGCGCUGUCCUCCGCCGGGGACCCAGGUCACCCCAGCCACCCGCUGCACGCCUCCCAGCACGCCGGCCGCCGAGAGCGCAUGACCGCUCGCGAGGAGCCCAGCCUGCGCACGUUGGAGGGCCGCAGGCGCGCCGCUACACUGCUGACCGCUCGGCAGGGCAUGAUGUCGGCCCGCGGAGACUUCCUGAACUACGCGCUGUCGCUGAUGCGCUCGCACAACGACGAGCACUCGGACGUGCUGCCCGUGCUGGACGUGUGCUCCCUCAAACACGUGGCCUACGUCUUCCAGGCCCUCAUCUACUGGAUCAAGGCCAUGAACCAGCAGACCACGCUGGACACGCCACAGAUGGACCGCAAAAGGAAUCGAGAAAUUCUGGAGCUUGGUUUGGACAAUGAGGACUCGGAGCAUGAGAACGACGAGGACACCAAUCAGAGUUUUGCAUUGGAAUUCGAAGAGGGACACAAGAGGAAGGCAGUUAGGCAGAAAGGAGGCAAAAAGAAGCGAGCGGCUGUCAAAGGUUCCACGCUGCAAGACAAGGACGACGAGCCGGUUCCCGCAGAGACGGGACAGAACCACCCCUUCUUCCGCCGCUCGGACUCCAUGACCUUCCUGGGCUGCAUCCCGCCCAAUCCCUUUGAAGUGCCCUUGGCUGAAGCCAUCCCAUUGGCUGAUCAGCCCCACCUCUUACAGCCCAAUGCGAGGAAGGAGGACCUGUUUGGUCGACCGAGCCAAGGGCUGUACUCCUCCUCCUACAUGGCCAGCAAAGGACUUGCUGACAUGUCGGUGGAUAGGAACUGCCUAGAGGUAAGCAAAGGAAUUCUACCCACUAAGAUGUCGUACUCGGCCAACAUGAAGAAUGUGAUGAGCAUGGAGUCACGGCCCAGGGGCAGCGAGGAGCAGGCCGCGGCGGAGCAGGAGAUGGACACCUCCAAGCCCGGCCCCUCUCCCCACGACCUGGCUGCCCAGCUCAAGAGCAGCCUGCUGGCCGAGAUCGGCCUGACCGAGAGCGACGGACCUCCACUGCCCUCCUUCAGACCCCACUGUAGUUUUAUGGGAAUGGUGAUCUCUCAUGACAUGCUGCUGGGCCGCUGGCGGCUCUCUCUGGAGCUGUUUGGAAGAGUGUUCAUGGAGGACGUGGGCGCUGAGCCAGGAUCGAUCCUGACGGAGCUGGGCGGCUUUGAGGUGAAGGAGUCCAAGUUCCGGCGGGAGAUGGAGAAGCUGCGCAACCUGCAGUCGCGGGACCUGGCGCUGGAGGUGGACCGCGACCGCGACCAGCUCAUCCAGCAGACCAUGCGGCAGCUCAACACCCACUUCGGCCGCCGCUGCACCACCACGCCCAUGGCCGUGCACCGCGUCAAGGUCACCUUCAAGGACGAGCCGGGCGAGGGCAGCGGCGUGGCGCGCAGCUUCUACACGGCCAUCGCCCAGGCCUUCCUGUCCAACGAGAAGCUGCCCAACCUGGACUGCGUGCAGAGCGUCAGCAAGGGCAUGCAGGCCAGCAUUGCUGCAUUCGCUGACUUGGGCGUGAACAUAGGAGAACAAGAUUUGAAAGAUCUCAUGCAACGCCUGAGGAACCGGGACCGGGAGAGGGAACGCAGGAGCGGGGGGCUGCGCGCUGGCUCCCGGCGGGACCGCGACAGGGACUCGAGAAGGCAGUUGUCCAUCGACACCCGGCCCUUCAGGCCUGCCUCUGAAGGAAACCCCAGCGACGAGCCGGACCCACUCCCGGCACACAGGCAGGCGCUGGGAGAACGGCUGUACCCCCGGGUACACGCCAUGCAACCGGCGUUUGCGAGUAAAAUCACGGGGAUGCUGCUGGAGCUGUCCCCUGCUCAGCUGCUGCUGCUCCUGGCCAGCGAGGACUCCCUGAGGGCCCGCGUGGAGGAGGCCAUGGAGCUCCUUAUCGCACAUGGAAGGGAAAACGGUGCUGACAGCAUAUUGGACCUCGGUGUCCUGGACGCCCCUGAGAAAGCACAGCAGGAGAACAGGAAGAGGCACGGCUCCACCCGCAGCGUGGUGGACAUGGAGCUGGACGACCCCGAUGACGGGGACGAUAACGCCCCUCUGUUCUACCAACCGGGCAAGCGGGGCUUCUACUCCCCACGACCGGGCAAGAACACGGAGGCCAGACUCAACUGCUUCCGCAACAUUGGCAGAAUACUAGGGCUUUGUUUGCUGCAGAAUGAGCUGUGCCCGAUCACUUUGAAUAGACACGUCAUCAAAGUGCUGCUCGGGAGAAAGGUGAACUGGCAUGACUUUGCCUUCUUCGACCCCGUGAUGUAUGAGAGCUUGCGGCAGCUAAUCCUCCACUCCCAGGCUGGGGAGGCCGAGGCCGUGUUCUCAGCCAUGGACCUGGCCUUCGCCAUCGACCUCUGUAAAGAGGAGGGCGCUGGACAGGUGGAGCUGUUGUCUGGUGGGGUGAACAUGCCAGUGACCCCUUUGAAUGUUUAUGAGUAUGUGAGGAAGUAUGCAGAGCACAGAAUGUUGGUGGUUGCUGAACAGCCUCUGCAUGCAAUGAGAAAGGGGCUCCUAGAUGUGCUUCCCAAGAAUGCUCUGGAGGACCUCACAGCAGAGGACUUCCGGCUUCUGGUCAAUGGGUGUGGAGAGGUCAAUGUGCAGAUGCUUAUCAGCUUCACCUCAUUCAACGAUGAAUCGGGGGAAAAUGCUGAGAAACUUCUACAGUUCAAGCGCUGGUUUUGGUCCAUUGUUGAGAAGAUGAGUAUGACAGAAAGGCAGGAUCUGGUGUACUUCUGGACAUCUAGUCCAUCUCUGCCGGCUAGCGAGGAGGGCUUCCAGCCGAUGCCCUCCAUCACCAUCCGGCCUCCAGAUGACCAGCACCUGCCCACCGCCAACACCUGCAUCUCCCGCCUCUAUGUGCCACUCUACUCCUCCAAACAGAUUCUCAAACAGAAACUCUUAUUAGCCAUCAAGACCAAGAACUUCGGUUUUGUGUAGAGGUUGACGGAAAAAAAACAUGUUUACUGUUGUGUAAUAUUACUAGUUCCAUUUUUGUAGAUUUAUUUUUUGUCUAUACAAUUUUAUGGAAUUUAAAGAAAUGCUGUCGCAUCCCUGGCGGUAAUUUUGAUCUGUUGUGAAAGCAGACGGCUUGUUCUUAUUUUAUUUUCUGUUUUAUUUUAUUUUUUAUUUUCUUUUUUUUCUGAAAUAAAUAUACAUUCCUGCAUUGGCUUUGUGAAGUUGAGCCCGCAGCUCUCAGUUCCAUUGGCUUGAACUGUAAUGUCCCAGGAAUCAUCUGUUCGACAUGAAACUGUCUGCCGAGCCCCAGCCAAAGAUGACAGCAGAAAAUAUUUAACAAAAAAAAUUUACACUGUGAUUAUGAAUUUUUUCUUCCCCUUCUGCCCAUGACAGAAAACUUACUAUCACUGAGAGAUCACAGCUGCCUUUGUGGAAAGUCAUUUUUUCUUGUAUAGGGGGAGUAGGGAAUUUCAGAAUAAACUUGGAUGCAACUACUGGC